AGGAGCUGCGUAGUCCUUCAGCUCUGGAUGAAGGAAGACAGCAGAAGCAGGGGUGAAAGAGGGACAGAGGAGAGGCUAAGCUUCCCGUGGAGGGAUUUGACCUGCAAUCAGCUAUGUGGAGCAUCACUUUCCUGUGGGGCAGCAUCCUCCUCCUGCCUAGCACAGCUGGAAUGCCUGCAAGACUAAAUUAUGCUGUGGCUGUACCAUCUCAGCUCUACUACCCCUUCUCAGAGACAGUGUGCCUCCAGCUCAGCAGAAAGCAAGCAGUCCCCAUCCAUGUGACCGUAACCUUGCAAAGCAAAGCUGGGAAUGAGACCCUGAUCACUCAGUCCAUCUCUCAGCUCACCUUCUUUCACUGCGCAAGCUUCCAGGUCCCUCCUCCUGUUGGAAAUCACGAUGAAGUGGCUUUUAUUGUUAUCACAGUCCUGGAAGACAACUCAGAGUUUCAGAAGAAGCAGAAGGUCCUAAUCAAGCACACAUACAAGAGGACAUUUAUCCAGACAGACAAACCUGUGUACAGGCCUGGACAGAUUGUCAAGUUGCGAAUUGUAACCUUGGAUCAGAACUUCAUUGCCAGCAAUGAAAUGCACCGCCUGGUGGAACUGAAGGACCCCAAAGGGAACCGAAUCGCACAGUGGCUGAAUGUUACACCUGUGGGAGGCAUUGUGGAUCUGUCCUUCCCUCUGGCUGCAGAAGCACAGGUUGGAGAGUACACCAUCAAAAUGCCCGACCGUGCACAUACCUUCAGAGUAGAAGAGUACGUGCUGCCCAAGUUCAGUGUCUCCAUCCAGAUGCCUCAGGUGGUCACCAUCUUGGAGGAGAACUUCCGUCUCCACGUCUGUGGCAUGUACACAUAUGGGAAACCAGUCCAGGGCAGUGUGAAGGCUGUGGUGUGCCGUAAGCUUAUCCGCUAUAAUCGGAAGUCUUCCAAAGCCAAGCGCAGUAUUUGUAAGGAUUACAUUGGUGAGACAAACGAGGAUGGCUGCUUUGCCACUGAUGUGAAUAUUAAGAUUUACCACCAGAAGCGCGAUGACAGUUAUGAUUUCAACCUAGAAGUUGUGGCUUUUCUGAAAGAAAGUGGAACAGGGGUGGAGUUCAACACCACUGAAAACUGCAAGAUCACUUUUGAUGUCACAACUCUACAAUUCUUGGGGACAAGUUACUACUAUCAGCAGGGAGCUCCCUACUAUGGAAAUCUAGAACUCAAAAGUGCCAAUGGGACACACCUGAAGAACAAGGAGGUGAUUCUUACAGUGUCCUAUGGUAGCAGGAAGCAGACCAAAACCUACUUCACAGAUGACACUGGGAUGGCCUCUUUCAUCUUAGAGACAUCAGCAUGGGACAACAGCAGUAAAGUUCUGCUACAGGCAAAGACCCAGAUGGAGGACUUAAGCAGACGGAAUGUGAAGGUGUCUUAUGGCACUGCAUCCCUCACCCUGAGGGCCUUCUACUCUUCCAGCCAAAGCUCUGUGAGGAUCCAGCCAGUGCAGGCAAUGCUGCCCUGCGGGGAUGUGCAACAGGUCCCUGUGAGCUAUCGCAUCCUAGCCUCUGAGUUGGGGAAUGGGGCUGACAGAGCAGACUUCUACCACCUGGUUUUGGCCAGAGGAUCCCUUGUGCAUCAUGGCCAAACAACAGUACUUCUUGAUCCACCACUAGGUCAGUACAGUGGGGCUUUCAAUGUCACUCUGCCCAUUGACCUCAUUUCGCCCAUGGCUACCCUCUUUGUUUACACUGCCUUUGCUGAGGGACAAGUGGCAGCUGACACCUUCAAUCUGAAGGUCUCCAAGUGCUUCAGGAACCAUGUGAAGCUUGGCUUCUCAGACUCUGUGGCUCUCCCAGGAUCGGCUGUCCGUCUCCAUUUGCAGGCUGCACCAGGCUCCCUUUGCAGCAUCCGUGCUGUAGACCAGAGCAUCCUUCUCCUGAGGCCAGAGGCUGAGCUAUCCAGGGAUAGCGUGUACUAUAUUUUCAGCUAUUCUCAGGACCACCCCACCACCCUCACAGACUCUUACAGUGACUACUGUACUAUCCACAAGAGCCCAGGAGCAAUCGGGUCCCCUCAGACCACCCUUCCACCAGGAACAAUAUCACCAUUCAUGUACAACAGAUACUCUUAUGCAGUGUCCCAGCCAGAUAUUUACGAACUUCUGAAGAAUUCAGGUCUAACAUUUUUAACCAGCCUUAAAAUCAAGUCUCCAAUCGAGUGCCGCACUCAGACCACUUCCUACUACGACUACAUGUCUUAUGGCGAGCUGCCAGACUUGGACAACUUCGACCCAGAUGCUGAUGCUGCAGUUGAACGUGCAGAGUCAGAGCACAUUGAGCUGGGUAGUGAGGCAGGGCCAGUACGUACCUGGUUUCCAGAGACAUUCAUCUGGACUUUGGUUCCCAUCAAUGAUUCAGGGGCUGCUGAGCUAGCUGUCACAGUACCUGACAGUAUCACAGACUGGAGAGCCAUGACCUUCUGCACCUCAGGGAGCCAUGGGUUUGGAAUCUCAGAAACCACCAGCCUGCGGAGCUUCAAGCCCUUCUUCGUGGAACCCACCUUGCCCUACUCUGUCUUUCGGGGAGAGUCAUUUCCGCUGAAAGUCAAAGUCUUCAGCUACCUGAAGCAGUGCAUGGUGCUUCAGCUUAGCCUAAAGGAGUCCAUGGAUUUUGAAUUUGUGCAUGCAAACGUCAAGUUCACUAUUUGUCUGUGUCCUGACUCAGCAAAAACCUUUUUCUGGGAUGUAAAGGCUACAAACUUAGGGAAGGUGAAUUUCACUGUCACUGCUGAGGUGAUGGAGCAGGAAGGUGUUUGCACUGAGAGUGUAGCUGUUGUGCCAGAGUCCGGAGGGAAGGACACAGUGGUUAAACACCUGCUGGUGAAGCCUGUUCCCCACCAGGCAGAGGGGCUGCUGGAAGAAAAGACCCACACCUCACUCCUGUGCCCUAAAGGAACUUCAGCUUCAGAGACAAUCAGUUUCACUAUACCAGAGAACAUGGUCCUUGGGUCAGAGAGAGCCCACAUCACUUUCUUAGGUGAUAUUCUGGGGACAGCACUGGACAACAUAGAUGGGCUCCUCCAGAUGUCCAGUGGCUGUGGUGAGCAGAAUAUGGUUCAUUUUGCCCCCAAUGUUUUUAUCACACGAUACCUUGAAGAAACAGGACAACUGACUCCAGAAAUCAAACAGAAGGCAAUUGGCUAUCUGGAAAGUGGAUAUCAGCGGCAACUCCUGUACAAGCAUGCAGAUGGCUCAUACAGUGCCUUUGGGGAAGGAAGUGAGCCAGGGAACACAUGGCUUACGGCCCUCGUCCUCAAGACCUUCAGCCAAGCCCAGGACUUCAUCCACAUAGAUGAGCAGAAUAUAAAAGAUGCUGCCAAUUCCCUGAUUAAAAGUCAGACUCCAUCUGGCUGCUUCAAGAGUGUGGGGAAGCUCUUCAACAAUGGUCUGAUGGGUGCAGUGGAGGAAGGACUGGGGCUGAGCUCUGCAAUCAUCACAGCUCUCAUACACUCAGGGAUGCCACGCUCUGACCCAGUUGUGUGGAAAGCUCUGAAAUGUAUAAAGGACCUGGUCAAUGCAGACACUGACAGUUCCAACCUCUAUAGUCUGGCACUAGCUGCAAAUGCCUUUGCAGUAGCAGGUGAUAAAGCCCUCAGGCAGAAAAUCCUCAAAAGACUGGAUAAGGCCGCUAUAACAUCAGAUGACCAUAUAUUCUGGAGUCAACAGUCCAAACGGGAAGAAGGCUCUCUCUAUUGGUACCAGGCUCCAUCUGUUGAUGUGGAAUUGACAUCUAGUAUCCUCAUGGCUCACCUUUCGAAGUCAAGUUUGUCUUCAGAGGAAAUCAGAAAGGCAUCCCAGAUUGUGUCUUGGCUCACCAAGCAGCAAAACCCUUAUGGAGGCUUUGCUUCAACCCAGGACACAGUGGUUGCUCUGGAAGCCCUAGCCCUGUAUGCAACCAAGACCUUCAGCAAGGAUGGCCCUGAUCUUCAGGUUUCUCUCUCCUCUGAGGGUUUCAACCAGAACAUCCGAGUAGACAACACCAAUCGCCUGCUUCUGCAAACAGUGGAGCUGCCAGCCAUUCCCCAAGACUACACUGUGCAUGUGCAGGGCCACGGGUGCCUCUUCCUGCAGGCCAUUCUGCGGUACCACAUCCCUCCAGUGAGGCAAGAUGUCACCUUUGCUGUGUCUGUGCAGACAGAGUGCACUGCACCCAACAUCACCCAGUUCCCUGUCACCAUUCAUGCUCGCUACACAGGGAACCGUGUGUCCACCAACAUGGUCUUGAUCCAAGUGGAGCUGCUGUCAGGAUACAGCCCCGUGGCAGGUUCGCUGGAAGAGCUAAAGAAAAUGCCUUUAGUGAAGAAAGUUGAAAGCAAAGCUGACCAAGUCAUUCUCUACCUGGAGGAACUGACUAGGCAGCCUCACACCUACACUUUGAUGGUGCAGCAGGACAUGCAAGUGAAAGAUCGUAAGCCAGCUAGUAUCAAGGUCUAUGAUUACUACAUGCCAGAAGAAACUACAGUGAUGAGCUACAGUGCCCCAUGCGAGUGAGCCCAUGAGAUGGAGAAAUACACUUACUUCACAAAUCACCUAUGGAGGAACAGGAACCCACCUAUCCUCUUGCAGUCUCCGUUCAUCAGUCAUUUAUCAGCCCUGGCAACAGCCACCACAUACAGAUGAGAAGCAAAGAGAAAAUGCUUGCAAUUUCCUGCUUAACAGUUUCUGAAAGGCUAAGACUGUACCUGGCAUCUUAUUAAAAGUCAGGAGACUAGAACUGCCUGAUUGAGUGAUUAUUCAGGUUUACUCUUGUUCUCCUGAAGCAGUCAAAUUGCAUUUAAAAGCA